AUGCCUGAACCAGCGAAGUCCGCGCCGAAGAAAGGCUCCAAGAAGGCCGUCACCAAGACCGCCGCGAAAGGAGGAAAGAAGCGCAGAAAGUCCAGGAAGGAGAGCUACGCCAUCUACGUGUACAAAGUGCUGAAGCAGGUUCAUCCUGACACCGGGAUCUCUUCGAAGGCGAUGGGCAUCAUGAACUCUUUCGUCAACGAUAUCUUCGAGCGCAUCGCCGGUGAGUCGUCUCGUCUCGCUCACUACAACAAGCGCUCCACCAUCACUUCCCGAGAGAUCCAGACCGCCGUGCGUCUGCUGCUGCCCGGGGAGCUGGCCAAACACGCCGUGUCCGAGGGCACCAAGGCCGUCACCAAGUACACCAGCUCCAAGUAG